CAAAAACCCACUUGCAGGGACUGGGCUGGAGUUGUGGAUAAUGUCGGCCACAUGACCGAGCAUCGUGGUACAAGAUGCACAAUUUGCCGAGCUGACCAGGGGAGCUGUGUGGUGAUGCGCUGUCCCUGAGCACCGGAAGGUGCAGAUUAGCUGCCUUGACGCUGAUGGACGAUGAAAUUCAGGACGAUCACCAGCCAGUGGAAGGUAGAAAGCGAAAUGUGGUGAAUUGUGAACUCGGUUCCUCUCAGCGUCCCUGAAACCUGCAACAUCUCCCAGUCAUGUGGAGUUGGGUGUUCAUUUCUCUCAUAGCACUGACGGAAGGUGGUGUUGGUGCUCAGUGUUCGGUGCUGCUGCCAGAAAGGGUGGUGACAGUAACUGGUUCCUGUGCAGUGAUCCGCUGCACUAUUGACCCUCUGCUCAGUAACAUCUCCCCGGCAGCAGUGUGGAUAAAGACGGCUUCUGGACCUGAAAACCCCGCCGCCUCAAUCAUUUAUGAUUCGGAAAGUCAGCUCAGGCAGCAGGUUGGUUAUCGCGGGAGAGCGGUGCUUACUGGCAACAUUGGAGAGGGACAGUGCUCCCUUUUAAUAAGGGACAUCAGACAGAGUGACGCGGGCACCUAUCAAUUCAUAGUGACAUUCUCCUCGGGAGGGGACCCUUCAGAUCAACACAGUGAACAUUCGUCCGUCAAUCUGUCUGUUUUCGACAGGCCCACAAUACUCACAGGGCCGACCUGCACCAGAUCUGGGAAUGGGACAGAUUGUACCUGCAGCUCGGAAGCCAAUCCAACAGCCAACAUGACAUGGGCCAUCAAUGGGAGAAUCAUCACUGGGAGCAGGUCAGAUGGAGAAGUCAUCGCCUGGCCGGUGAAUAGAUACCACGUACAGAGCUCCCUGCGACUGGGACACUCAAUUACAACUGGAAUGGUCAUCUCGUGUGCUGCAGCGAAUGGGCACGGUGAUAGUGUCAGCACCUACCAACUGCACUCUGACGGAAUACAUUCCCGGACAAUUCUUUUCAUGAUUGGGGGUGGAGCCUCUGGGCUUGUUGGUUUAAUUGCAGUCCUGGUCGCUGUGAAGAUACGAGGGAUGAAAUGGGAAGAAGCUGCGGGUCUGACUGAAUGGCUGGAAGAUCGGAUGAUUUGGAGGACUCUCCAGGACACAGUAAACCCUGAGAGAAAUGUUCACGGUCAUGGUGGGGAAUUGAUGAACCCCAUGCAGGAUGAAGAGAUUGUGUACACAGCCAUCAAAUUCGCCAAUGUGAAUGGGAGAUGCAGCCUGAGAGUGAACAUCAAUUAAAACAGAACUGCAAAUGAGCAUGAGAACUGCCCUCAGCUUGGAUGGUGAUGGAAGUGAGCAGACUUUAACCCAGCUGAUGUUAUGGAGUUAGACAAACAUCAUCGCUUUGCAAUAAGGACUGUGAGAAUAGAGAUUUUCCUGAAGGGGGAUGCAAUGUUUUCAUUUACAGCCACAAUCUCAUGUUUAGUUGCAGUAGAAUAGUAACUUUUUAAAAUAUUCUUUUAGUGAACAUGUUUUCCUCUGUAUUGUGAAUCUACUUUGCAAAUCAUUUUAAACAUCUCCUCUUGUCAUUAAGCUGCUGAAAUGUAUUGGCCCUCACUGCGCACACUCACAACCGAGGACACGGCUAUAAAAUAAACCCCAGAAAACAGCAGAAAA